UCCCAAGCAGAGCUACAACUCAUACUGAAGCAGAGCUUUAGCUUAGACUUAUUAAACUCACACGCCAGAUCUGCGGAUUUGCAAAGAUAAUGGGCCAAUAUUCGCAGUGUACUUACUGUUUGUGACUUUGCACGCCUGCGCCAUGAUGCCCUUCAAAGGUUGGUACAUUGUGUUCGGAUGAUGUCUCUAUUGUUGGUUGGCUUUUUGUAUUUGCAAGAUGGAUAUUUGGUAUCAUGAUCAGCCACGUUCUAUCCCCGCUGUUGCAAUGGUCAUCGCAAAAAGGUAUAUCAGCAGCUCUUCCUGGUUACCCUCAGGAGACGCCCAUGCCAAACCACCAGAACGGAUUCCCAUUACGUCCGUUUAUGGAAUCGGAGGGAGGGCGUAUCUAUGAGAUUCUCCAGGCGAUUGGUGGCAGGAGGCGGCCUAAACUCACGUUUUUGUUUCCGCAAGGUUGAUGCCCACAUACAUUCAUCCUAAGAUUUUGAUCGAUCCUCUUCUAAGCGAAGAGCGACGGAACUCAUACAGAACAGAGCUCUCUUCCGUGUACUCGGUUGGCACAACCAGGAAUGCUUUUGCAGCUUACCUUCUAUAUCGUAUCCCUACGCAGGCGAUGUGUUGGGCAAUGACCAUGUGCGCCGCCCGUUUUUACAAUGUUGAAGGAUAUCUUGCAUCUCUCCAGGCCGCAUGUCUCGAGCGGUAUGCUACGACGUAUUUCAUAUCGCUGAAGGAAAUCGCUGAGAAGGCCGCGAUGGUGAACUUGCAAGGCGCUCAUGAUGCUGUGCUUGAGCUUGGGUACCGCAUAUGAAAUGUCCCUUGCCGGAUGGGAAGCAUUUUGUCGGAGGGGAGGCCCGACGUUGCCCCAUCGGCCAGACUACUGCUGCUGCACCUCGCCUUGCCGUUGCGCAGAAAAAAACAACAACGACGACGACGACGACGACGACAAC